CAAGUAUAUCGAAAAUCGAGAAAAUGUACUACGGGCGUAAUUAGAAAGCAAUAAUUAAGCGUAAUUUUUACGUGUAGUCAACAACAACACAACACAAAAGUGCAAGUGCACAACGUACACAACGUGAACAUCAACGCGCGGCUAGCUUCUGUAACAAUUGAAAGUGAUUUAAACUACGUCGCCAUUUUUUUGACAGACUCAAAAUCGACACAUACAAAAGACAACCAGAGCUAAAGCAAGAGAGCUCAAGAAAAAAGCUUGCGUGUAAAUGUUUGUGUCUGUGACUGUGUGUGUGGUUACGUCUAUGAAUUUUUUAUACAAAAUCCAAUAGCCCAAACUUAUGUACUCUCAUUUAUAUAUAAAGAGUGAUACCCGCAGUAACUUAAUCACCGACAUUAGGCAUUAACAUAAGUGUGUAGUGUGUAAUAUUAAUCGAGAACCACCGCCAUCGCCAUACAAACGAAGCAGCGCAGCAGUUAUCGACGUGGAAGAUAACGCCAAAAGAAGGAAACAACCGCCGCGGUUAGAGAGAGCUGCGGGGAAAUCAUUUUUUGUUUAACAAAUAUUCUGGCACAAGCUGAAGCACAACUGUGAUUUAACACUAAAAAACAACAAAAUACAAUGGCCAAAACGUACGAUUAUCUGUUCAAACUAUUGUUGAUCGGCGACUCUGGUGUUGGCAAGACUUGCAUAUUGUUUCGUUUCUCAGAAGAUGCGUUCAAUACAACAUUUAUAUCCACAAUAGGCAUUGAUUUUAAAAUUAGAACAAUUGAGUUGGAUAACAAGAAAAUUAAGCUGCAAAUAUGGGAUACUGCCGGCCAGGAACGUUUUCGAACAAUCACCACGGCAUAUUACAGAGGUGCUAUGGGCAUUAUGCUGGUCUAUGAUAUAACGCAGGAGAAAUCGUUUGAAAAUAUUAAAAAUUGGAUACGAAAUAUUGAAGAGAAUGCUGCCGCCGAUGUGGAGAAAAUGCUGCUGGGCAACAAAUGUGAACUGAAUGAUAAGCGACAGGUUUCAAAGGAGCGCGGAGAGCAGUUGGCAAUUGAAUAUGGCAUCAAAUUUAUGGAAACGUCAGCCAAAGCCAGCAUCAAUGUGGAAGAGGCCUUCCUCACCCUUGCCAGUGAUAUCAAAGCGAAAACAGAAAAGCGCAUGGAGGCGAACAAUCCACCCAAGGGUGGACAUCAGCUGAAAUUAACGGAGAGUCGAACAAAGGACAGUUGGUUAUCAAGAUGCAGUCUGCUUUGACGUGGCAAUGUGCGUGUGGCACUGAUGCGGCAUGGUGGUAAUAAUUAUGAUAAUGUAUGUGGUAGUAGUUAUCUUAACUCUUGUUAAGUAUCCCAACAAGACGAAUAGCAGACAGCAAUGUAAUAAACAAGACAACAGCAAGCAAAACUUCUCUGAUUAUGCAAGUUCAAUAAAUAUAAUAAUAAUAUGGAAUAUGGAAUAUGCAUAAUUUACAAUAUUCAUUACAAAAUUUAACGAGAGUAUUAUGUAUGCAGUUUGAAUACCAACUACAAGUCAGUAAGCCCACCCGACCGAUCCCCUCCUGCUCUGCUCUGCCCUAAUGAUGAUCGAAACUCUAUUUUAUUUACUGCUCAGCGCUUCAUGCAAUUUUCGUUAAAGUAUAUAAUUUGUGAUUUAAAAUUCGCGGUCGCAGUCAAUGGUUGUUUCCCAUUCGUAUAAAUUAAAAUAAAUUGUAUCGAUUACAAUAAAUUAUAUUAUUUUUUGUUUGCUGUUGUUUGCUCAUCUAAUGUAUUCUGACUGAAUGUUUCGAUUCAAAAUUCCUUUCACUUAGUUUUGCACAAUCCAAGACAAGGCUCGAAGCUCAGUUGCGGGACACGCAGUUAAGACGCACAAAUAUUACAUUAUUCAUAGUUGCGGGUGCUUCUAACCAAGCUCGCACUUACAGAUUCACACACACACAUCCACAUAUAUACUACACACACAUUCAGACUCAAUGUCAAUAAUAAAUACAUGGAUUAUAAUAAUGUAAUGUAAUAAUUGCGUGAGUAGAAAAAGCGUAUAAAUAAUUAUAUUAAAAUAACAAGAAAUGCAGAGCAGUAAAGAAUAAAUAUAUAA